GGUAACUGUUGAAGGAGCAUUUCGGGGAAGAACAAGAAAUUUAAAAUGCAUAUUUAGUGAAAUACUAAGUGAUGAUACGCUUGGUAAUCGUACUGAAUUUGCUGCUUUUGGGAAUGGUCUCCAUGUAAAUUGUUCAGUCCUCUUGAAACUUGGAUCAUAUCGAGUCGGCAUAAUACUUGAAGUUAGCGAUCCUUUUGAAAUGGAUUAUGUAGAAGAAGCUGAAUUAUUAGUUUAUGAUGAAGCUGAAUAUGCAUCUAUGAAUCCAACAAAGGCUAUUUAUGACAGAGGUGAUACCCAGAAUCUUAUUGUUACUUUUUCUGGUGGAAAAGUUCCUCCUUUACCUUUAAUCUGUGUGAUAUCAGGCGAAGGAUGGCCACUUGACAAGCGUUUAGCUGCUAGUGAGAUCAAUACCUUGGAUACCUGUGCCAUACCCUAUCCAUCAUCUAUGAAACUGAAUGUGGCUCAAUCCUUUAAUGGUAUUCAUACAUUUAGAAAAGUUUUUGAAUUGAGGUUUUAUGCUUCACCACCAGAAAUGAGGAAAUAUUAUAUUGCUGAAGAUGGUCAUGCUGUGGUUAUCGUUUUUGACAGACCUGUCAACUUGUGCAACUUGCAAUAUUGCUCACAGAUUUUAAAUUCAGAAACAUUAACCAGACUAGGAGAAGGAGCUGAUUGUCAAUGGGCUACAAAACAACAGCUAAUAAUUACUGUUCAAGAUCCUAUCCAGGAAAAUCCAUUUCGGGUGACAUUUAAGAAAGGUGUACUUAAACAAGAUGGUGAGAGAUAUGCUCUUCCUAAAAAUGACAGCCUGACAAUUGAUGCAUGGUACCCUCAACCCGUGAGCAGUGCUCAAGUUGCUAUUAGUGGGCCAUCUACUGUACCAUACUGUGGUUUUUUUACUUUAGUGGGCCAUUUCAGUUCACCAAAAGGAGAUGCUGCUUAUUAUUGGACUGCUUACCGUGCUGAUAACCGUCCUAUAGAUACUGAAAUUGCUGAUGCUUUACUACACAUUAGGUCAGCUUCUCUCACACUGAAUGCCUCUCUGUUGGAAGUUGAUUUGAAUUAUACAUUCAUUCUAACAGCUGAACAUCCAGUGAAUGAAAAGUAUGAAGCGAGGCAUGAUGUAUGCCGGAAGUCAUAUGCAGGACCUUUUGUAACUGCAUUUUCUGAUGUAAUGACAGAAUCAUCUAUCAGUGUUGAUCAAAGAGUGACUCUACAAGCUGAUGUGACCAUUCCUGAAUGCAGCACUGAGACAGAAGUUCUUCAUGUAAUGUGGUCUGUUAACAAUCCCAAAGUAAAAUUUGAUUUUAAAAGUAGAGAUUCACAAAUGUAUCGUGUUGAACCCUUCACAUUACCAGAAAAUACUGAAGUUAUCUUUACUGCUCAUGCAUACUUUGCAAAUUUUCUGAAUGUUACUACUUCAAGAGUUGUCCUCAGAGUUGAGCCAUUGAAAUUAAAAGCUAUGAUAAAAGGGGCAGGGAAACGAGUAGUGGGAAAUAAAGAUGGCUUUCUGGUCCUUGAAAGUGAAGUCAUAAAUGUGGGUAUCCCUCUGAUUUAUCAAUGGAAGUGUUAUGAGCAGAAUCUUCCUAUAUGUUAUAAUUAUAAGAGAAAUUCGACAGAACCUUUAUUACUUCCAAGACAACUUCAAAACAAACCUAAGCUGAAAAUACCAUGUGACAGUUUAAAAGCUGGUCAGACUCUCACUUUCGAGUUGCAAGUUUUCAAUGCUAAUAAUCGGUAUCAGUAUAGCCCAGUUGCCUCUACUAUCAUUGUUGUUGAAGAUAAAAAUAUACCCCAGGUUACUAUUGAUUCAGUUGUUGCUGAUGGCCCUGGUACCAUUCAACGACAUCCUACAACUGGAGCAUAUCCCAUACCUGCUGGUCUACCUGUUGCUGUGUAUGCUACUGUUAAAACUGUCAAAUCCGCAUUAAAAACAAUCAAAUGGGAAAUUAAAGGUUAUUCUACAUCGUUCACAUAUACUUCUAUUAAUGGGAAGACAAUACUUUCUCUUGAAGAAGGAUUUCUUGUGGGACAUGGAAUUUAUUUAAUUGGAUUAAGUGCUUGUGAUAACAAAGGAGCAUGUGGUACUGCUAAUUUAACUAUCCAUGCUAUUCCUGGUAUAGCUUUAUGCAAACUGAAAACAAAACCUUAUGUGGAGUAUGAGCAGAUUAAAGUUGAAGUUAUUGGAUGCUCCAUUCCUCCUAACAGACAGCCGGUUACUUAUCAGCUGUAUCUUCAUUCUCAAGACUCUGUCUUUCCUUUGUCAGCCCCACAAACUCCAACAAUAUUCAAUAUUAUUGCACCACCUCGGCAAUCAAAUAAUGGGACUCAAAUGUCUGUUCAGGUUUGUGACAAGUACAUGAUAUGCAAAAUUUUCAAUGGAGCUUAUGUUAAAGUGACUUUGAGUGAAAAUAAGAGAGAAGAUAGAGCCAAACUCUUAAGAAAAGCUAUGAAGUCACUUCAGAUACGUGAUCCUUUAAAUGGUUUGUCACUUUUUCUGACUGCUACAUUGGAUUCCAAAAUGCCAUUAUCUGAGAGGGAAACCAUGCAGAUGUUGGAUGCUGGGGCUAAAGCAACACAUAAUCGUUUUAUCAGUGCUGCACAGUUGUCUCUGAUUUACAGUGCUAUGUUGCCUCUUCUUAGACAAGAUAAUAAGGAUAUUAAUCUUAAAGCAUUGGAUGUUAUUAGAAGGUCUACUCGUUUAGCCUUUGCUCACAAGGUUAAAAUACCAAAAGCCAUUUUAACUCAAGGCCAUUCCAAUGCUGCUGAAGCUCUUCAGAAUCGCAAUUCAGAUUCAGAAGUUUCCUUAAGAGUGAAAAAAACUGUAGAUAUGUUUGUUGAAAAAAUAAGUGCAUCAUCAUCUCUUGGAAGUAGAGUGCUUUUAGCUUCAAAUAAUUCUGGAUUUCCAUCUACCUUGGUAUUUAGACAACUUUUAGAUCGCAAGCCAAUUUCUAUCAAAGCCAAGACUAAUAAUGGAGAAGUUGAAGGUUCUGUGAGGUUUGAAGAGUCAGUUCGAGAAAAGGUGCGUAAAAGAGAUUGUGGCAAAGCUAGUUGUGAUGAUAUUGUUGUUGCCCUGACUCUGUAUCCUGAACAGUCCCCUUUUCCUAUAUCAAAGAAGAAAACUUCUCCUCUGAUAGAUAUCACAUUACGAAAACCAGAAGAUGGGAAGCCAUUUGAAAUAUCUGAUAUGCCAAAUGGAAUUCAUCUUGCCUUAAGUCAUGAUAAAAAUGCUACUGAUACACAGAGCAAAGGAGUGGUCUAUAGAUGCUAUUACUGGGAUGAAGAUAAAAAAUUGUGGACACUUGAAGGUCUUUUAACAUCUGGGGUUGAUGGAAAACUUAUGAGAUGUACUUCAUCCCAUCUGACUUCUUUUGCUGUCCUUGAAACAUAUGAUGGGUUAUCUACAGGUUCUAUAGUUGGAAUUGUUGUCACUGUUUUGAUGGCAGUCUUCAUCAUCAUGAUGUUUGUAUUUUUCUUCUUGCGUAAAAAGCAAGCUGCAACUACAAGAAUUUCCAAUGAAGCUUUGCAACCUAAGAGGAACCCAGAUAAACUUCAAGGUAUGAAUGGCUCUGUUGUGCGAGUGAAAACUGUUACUCCAUAAGUGUUAUAGUUUAAAAAAUAUAUUUAUGUAACAUAAAUAUUUUACUGUGAAGAAAAAACUAAUUCAUGUCUCAUCAAGCAUUUUAGCUUCUAUAUUGAAAAUUUUCAGAUCUCAUGAUGUGACUUAAAAAUCAUGAUCUUUUUAAACCAUUUUUAUAUUCUGUUUACUAUCGAAAUGGCUGCUUAUGCUGAUGACAUUAAAAUGCAAGCCUGAAAAUUUUAAAGAAAAUUGCAAAUUGUGGUGCUCAUAGGAAGUUUGGAAGUUAAAUUAAACUGUGAUUAAAAUUAGAAAAUAUAAGAAGCUAUAUCACAAAAGGAAAAUCACACAGAACUGGAUUCUUUUGUGACCUUUAAUUAAAUUCUUAGAUACUGAUGUUAUUUGAACUUUCUGGUUUAAUUGACUCCAAGAGUAGUUGCUGUGAUUGAAAGGUGGUUUUUUUCAAAUUUACGUCUCACAAGAAGUUUUAUCUGUAACAGAAAACUUUGUCAAAGUAAAAUAUUAUAACUCUCAAGCUGUAUUACUUGUGUUAGAACUGAAAUUCUCUGAAGUCGGUAAGAAAAGUAAGCUUUAAUCAUCUCUCAUGUAAUUUGUAAAGAAAACAGAAUUUUGUUAUUCUAUUGCCAAAAAAAUGAGUUUCAUUAAAAACGUAUAGAGGCUGUUCACAAAUUUUUUAAAUGAUUUUCCUUGUUACCUCCUCAAAUAUUUUACCUAAAAUUUUUUUGUUUUAAAUCUUCUGUUCGAUAACCCUAAUUCUUCACUAUCUUUCUACAUCGUAAUUUCAAAAACAAUAGAUCUUUUCGCAGUGUCAUAAGAGGUAUUUUAUCUCAUUUAUAUCUUCUUGAACAGCUUUCCAAAGUCCAAGAAAGGCUGUAGGUCGACAGCCCUCUUUGGUUUGGGGAAGCUAGUCCCCAAACCAAGGCAUGGUUAUUUUAAGAGUCCAAAAGCACAAAAAUUCAUUAAUGAUACAUCAGAAUAUUUAGUAGGGUAUGAGUGAAGAGAAUCAGAAUAUUUAGUAGGCUUGAUGCCCAUUGUUCCAUUUUUUCUAACAGUGGAUUUUGAUGUAUGGCUGCUUGUUUUAUCUUGAUGCAGUUCUAUUGAUUGAUGGCACUGUAGAUAAAGAGCCUAAUACUGAUACCUAAUUUUCAAAUAUUUCAUAUUUGAAAAUUAGGUAUCAGAUAUGUUCCUGAUAAUAUGUGGAAUUGAUCUUAACAUUUUUCUCCACUCUCUUUAUAUUUAAUUUGCCGUUAUAUGAAAAACCAGCAACAAUCGUAAAUUCCUUUGAAAACCUUUCUCUAGAUUCUUUGAACCAUGUUUUAAGAUUUUUUUCUCCCUUUUGAUAGUGGGCAUUUUAAUGAUUUUGUUACUGUUAUUUGAAUUGGUGGAGCUUCUUUUAACAUUAAAGAUCCGAACUUUUCAAAAUUCGAAACAUUCCGUUUUUUCUUUGGAUAGGUAUUUGGAACAAUUUUUUCACUUGAAGCCAAACUCUGACGUUUUUAUUUUCCUUUUUUGUUGACAAUAUUACCUAUCAUAGCUUUAGAUAUUGAUAAACUAUGGCUUUCAGAGUGUUUUGUAAUACCUAGAUACGAAUAAUUUUCUUCAGAAAGAGCGCAGACAUGCCUUACAUCCAUUACUUCUUUAGAACCGCCAUUUUGCAAGAAAAAAAAACUGUCACGUAGGAGAUGGUAAUUUAAUACUUUCAAAAAUUUAGCUAAAAAUCAAAUUUCCAAGCAGACGAAUUUUUUAAGUGUACGAACGGCCUCUGUACACUUUAAAAAAUAUUAGAACUUAAGUUUUUGAGUACAUUAUAUAUUGUAUAUUAAAUACAUUGUAUAUCUCUUCUGUUUUGAAUACGUUAAAGGAAAUUUCAUACAUAAUGUUUACAUUUUUAGAUUGUAAAACAAAAUUAAAAUUUACAUACAACUCUGAUUUUACAUGGUAUUUAAGAAUAUUCAAAGAAAGAAAAUUUUAAAAAUUUAUUUUUAUAAUGUAAUGGAACACAUGCUGCUAAAAGCCUUUUUUUAAUACGUUACAUACUAUGUAUUCGCUGACCAUUGUGCCAUAAGUGUAAUUAAUUAUAAACUUUUAAAUUAAAUUCAUUACUUCAAUAUUUUUACAGUAAUUAUUGUAUUAAAUGUGUGUGAAAUUCAAAAUAAGAUCAGCAAUCUGCUAAUCUCACUUUUGGAGAUUUUACUAAAUAUUCAUCAUCGCUGAUAUAUCAUGCUCCAAGCCAAAUGUUUGUUUACAUUCCUUUAACAUAUUCAAACGUGUAACAUGUGUAAUCUUUGAAUAACUAUUAACUUUUGAAUAGGCGAUAUUUUCUACUAAAAGUGUUUAUUCUUUGUUUAAUUUUGUAUUAAACAAAGUAUUAAGUGUAUUCUUUGUUUAGUUGUAAAUUUUAAUUUUGUUUUACAAUCUAAAAAUAUAAACAUUAUGUAUGAAAUUUCCUUUAAGGUAUUCAACGUGUAACGUGUGUAAUCUUUGAACCACUAUUAACUUUUGGAAAAGGCAAUAUUUUCUACUAAUAGUGUUUAUUCUUUGUCUCAAUUCAUGCUACAUGUUAUUUUUGUCUAGAAGUAGUGGGCAUAUUUAAUUAUUAAAUUAAUUAUUAUUAACUUUAUUACGUAAAAUAAAUGCUGUUUUAUAAAUAUAGAUUUAAUUAUAAUUUUGAGUCACCUUUUGUUUUAAUUAUAUAGUGGCAUUUAUUAAGGUUUGUUUUAAUUAUAUAGUUGCAUUUAUUAAGUUUUAUAAAAAGAUUGUGCACCACUGAUCUAAAUUACUUAAAUUAGAAAUGUCUAAUUUAAGUAAUUAAAUUAGACAUUUCUAAUUUAAGUCUGUAUUAAGCAAUCAAUUUGUCUGUAUUAAGCAAUCAGAUUUAAAUCAUAUCAGUAUUAAUGUUCAAAAUUCUUUAAUUCAGUGUAUACAUGAUUUAAACAUUUUUCAGAUGUUCUCCUGUGCACUUUCUGUUAAUAUCUUGAUUUUAUUGCAUUUAUAUUAAAUAAUAUCAAUCCCACCUUGGACACUGUAAAAUGUCAUAAAUAAAAUUUGUAAAUGAAAACUAGUUGUGUGAAAACUGAAUGUAAUUUAUUUUCUGCUGUUAAUAAAAGUAUAGCUUUUUUAUAACA